CGGAAAGCCGUGGCGUCCCAAACCUGAAUUACUUAUUUGUCCCUUUUCUAUCACCCCAACCUCCCCCGCGCGCGAGCGAGUGUUUCUUUUCCCUGCGUUUCUCAUUUCUCUCUUCUCAUGGCAACCAUUCUUGAUCGCGAAAAUACCACAGUGGGGACGUUGAACGCCGUGAAGAGCUCGAGUUGCAACCGCUCUCCCUCUGCGAGACGGCUCUGCGACAUAACGAACGUUACCCAAAAUGUGAAGUCCACGCUUAAGGACGACAACAUGUUCGUGUUCUCUGCGGCCGAGAGGGAAAUCAUCGAAAAGCUGCGAAAGGAAAAUGCCACAAUGCUAAGAGCUAUAGCAGAGAGAGAUAGGAUCAUCGAGAUACGCAGCCUUGAUGUUCAGAAACUUAAAGAGAACUUGGUAAAAAUCACUCAGCAAAAUUGGCAGCUCGCUCAAUCAAAUAGUCAGCUCCUCGCGGAGCUUAAUAUUGGUAAAGAUAAGCUCAAGUUACAGCAACAUGAAUUUGGUAUUAUGUCAGGAAUGCUUAAAGCAAAGAUACUGGAACUUGAGGGGCAAGUGAAAAAAAAUAUGUCUGAUCAUUCUAAGAGGAGCAGCGAUAGCCUGAAGGAGUCUGAACUUGAAAAGCCGAAGCUACCAAAUCAAAAUCAAAGGCGUCCAUCCAGAAUCCCAUCACAAAUUCCUUCUAGUACUGGCCAGGCAGCGACCCGAGGAUGCACAGAUAGUAAAAGAAUUUGUGUGCGAAGGCGAUCCAGCAUCAUUAAGCGUGAAGAACCACGAGAAACAGACCAAUCUAAGAAGACUGAGUUGACUUCUCAAUCAGAUUUACAAGUUGAUGAUCCUAUGCAACAAGAAGAUGUCUCUAUUUCAUUAAGCUCCUCGUCAAUUGAAGGUAUUGAACCUAAAUGUGAUAAGGCUGUUGUCAAUGAAACAAAAGUUGAAGAAAAAGUCGAAGAAAAAGUCGAAGAAAAAGAAGAGAAAGGAGGAAGUACCAUGGAGUCGAACAAACCAGUUGAGAAAAAGUCACCACCAAGGAGAUCAUCAAUGGCUAGGCCAGCCCGUAGAGCAUCCCAGAAGGUCGUCAGUUAUAAAGAGAUGCCACUGAAGACUAAACUGAGAAGAGAUGGCUAACUAAAUGUGAACGAAUUAUAGUUCCAUAUUUCAUGUCUGACUGAUGUCAUUGACUGAAGUAAUGUAAGUGGUGCAUCCUUUCGCUCCAGCUAGCUUGUAACAUCUUAAGUGAGCAUGUAUGUAACACUAGUACACCAUAAAUUUUCAGAUUUUGUAUGAUUUUUCAAUUUCAUCACCUGCAGGUGGUGGGUGACCCUGGGGAAUAUGUUGGCUUGUGACCUGGUGCAUGUUUUGAACUCAUGCUGUAACUAAUAGAGCAACAUUUUCGAUUUCAUUCAA